UAGCACAAGGGGGGGAAAAAACACCAAAUUUAAAAUAAUUCAUCCCAACAUCACACACUCAACACAACAGUUCAGAGCAGGAAGUAGAAAGAUCUACAAAUUUUCUGAGAACUGAACAUAUUUAAGGAGACAGAAGAUCACUGGCUCUAAAAUGAAUCUCUAUGAGGAGAGAGAGAAGGAUGAUGUUCACUAUCAGAACAAGAGAGCAGCACCUCCAGAGCCCAGCUGUGUAUCUAUGAGGAGUGAUCAAUCCAUGCCACAUCCCCUACAUUUCAGUGCUGGAUCAGUGACCUUUAACCCCAGUGACACUGAGAACAAGAGAGCAGCAUCUCCAGAGCCCAGCUGUGUGUCUAUGAGGAGUGAGAGAUCCAUGCCACAUCCCCUACAUUUCAGUGCUGGAUCAGUGACCUUUAACCCCAGUGACACUGAGAACAAGAGAGCAGCACCUCCAGAGCCCAGCUGUGUGUCUAUGAGGAGUGAGAGAUCCAUGCUAGAUCCCCAUAACUUCAGUGAUGGAUCAGUGACCUUUAAGCGCAGAGAUGAUAAGACUGGAGACCUGCAGCAGGAUUCCCACCAACCAGAUGAUCAACUACAGAGAGUCAAAGACCAGCACAAAACCUGCAUGAAGAAGAAGUAUGAGAGAUUGUUUGAGGGACUGAAAUUCCAGGAGAAUGAAAGCCUCCUGAACAGGAUCUACACACAGGAUUUCAUGUUUGUGCUUCCUUUUCGAGAGCUGAACUUGAUCCGAGAUCAUCAGUACAGUCUUCACAGACUUCUGCUGGACUUUCAUCCUGAACUUCAAAAUCUGGACUCACUGAUUUAUGAGGAGUGUAAAGUUGUGUUCAUCUUUGAUGGUCUGGAUGAAAGCAGAAUCACACUGAUGUUUUCAGACACUCAGAACGUUUGUGAUGUGACUGAGACUUCAUCAGUGGCUGUGUUGAUGUCAAAGCUCAUGAAAGGAGAGCUGCUUCCCUCUGCUCUCAUCUGGAUCACCUCCAGACCAGCAGCAACCCAUCAGAUCCCCUCCGAAUACAUCAACCGUCUGACAGAAAUUGAUGGAUUCAAUGAUCCUCAGAAGGAGGAAUAUUUCAGGAAGAGGAUCAGUGACCAGCAUCAAGCCAGCAGAAUCAUCUCACACAUCAGAAGAGCAAGAAGCCUCCACAUCAUGUGCCACAUCCCCGUCUUCUGCUGGAUCUCAUCCACUGUGCUUCAGAAGCUCCUGGAAGAAGAUCUGAGUGCAGAAAUCCCUCAAACUCUGACUGAAAUGUACAUCCACUUCCUGCUAAUUCAGAUCAACAUAAGGAAUCAGAAUCCAACAGAGAAGUGA